GUAUUUUCUUGACGGGGUUUGCUGCCGUACGUGUCGCGUUGAGCUAGAGAGUUCUCGCUCUUUUCUUUCGGCUUCGCUUGCAGACAUUUGCGGCCCCUCGACAAGCCGAGACCGAGCAGGUCCCCCUGUGUCUAAGGUACCGUCCGAUACCGAGGUUCUCACUGCGCCACAGCGCUCAUCUCGACACUUAUUUGAUCCGGGGCCAUCCUCUGCGGCACAGUUUCUCUCAUUUCACCUACUUGCCUACCUACUGGAGCUCCAUCUUGUCUUCUAUUGUUGAAAUUGCUGAAAAGCGCCAAGAUGGUUGUCGAAAAGGAAGGCAGCAUUGAGAUCGGAGGACAGAGCCUCUACACCAAGUCAUGGCUGCCCGACGGCCCCGCCAAGGCGAAACUCGUUUUUAUCCAUGGCUUUAGCGACCACAUCAGCCGCUACCACACCUUCUUCAGCGCCCUCGCUGCGCGCGGCAUCGCUGUUCACGGCUUCGAUCAGCGCGGCUGGGGCCGCUCCGUCCGCAAACCCGCUGACAAGGGACUCACGGGCCCAACCAGCCAGGUCCUCGCCGACAUGGCCGCGUUCAUCACCCCUCACCUGCCGGCAUCCCCGGCCGACCCGCCGGUGUUUGUCAUGGGCCAUUCCAUGGGCGGCGGCCAGGUGCUCACGCUGGCGUGCCACCCGAGCUACCAGGACUCGCUGGUGCGCCGCGUCCGCGGCUGGCUGCUCGAGAGCCCCUUCAUCGGCUUCUCGCCGGAGGAGCAGCCGAACGCGCUCAAGGUGUUCGCGGGCCGCCUCGCCGGCAAGGUGCUGCCGCACUUCCAGCUCAAGCACGAGAUCCCGCCGGAGCACCUGAGCCGCGACCCGGCGGUGGUGCGCAGCAUCGCCGAGGACAAGCUCAUGCACCACACGGGCACGCUGGAGGGCCUGGCCGGCCUGCUGGACCGCGCCGCCGCGCUGGCCCGCGGCGAGGUCAGGCCGCUGCCCGGCGGCGCCCUGCGCAGCCUGUGGAUGUCCCACGGCACGGCCGACAAGACCACUUGGUUUCAGGCGAGCAAGAAGUACUUCGACGAGUGCACGGGGGAGGUCAAGGAUCGCGAGUUCAAGGCGUACGAGGGCUGGUAUCACGAGCUGCACGCGGACGGGCCGGACAGCGAGCUGUUCUUCAGAGAUGUCGGGGAUUGGAUCCUGGCGAGGUGUGAUGGGGACCCGGAGGCGAAGCUGUAAGGGAGCGAUACGAUUGCUCGGUACGUGGAGUUACAGGACUGGAGGGGGUUAUGUUUUUUGUCGGUCUGCGUCACUGAUAAUACACAUUAUUCGGUUCCUU